AUGGAAUCCUCUCAGGCGAACUCCUCCGAUGCGCCCUUAUUUAAUGGCAUUACUUCACAAGAGCUUGCUUCUCUGCUACAAGACGAUGGCCGGCAGACUCCUCUGUUCUUUCAGCAGGAGUUCCUUGAUGACACCAUGUCGCCUUGGAAUACCAGCGAUAUUGACUGGUCGUCGGUGUACCAAGACAUCGCUGCUGCCGCGCCUGGUCUUCGAGCUCUCAUCGCCCAGAUGGAGUACGAUGUGCAUGGUGACACUAUCCAAGACGUUGUUGUGUCACCCUCGGUUCAAGGCAGCACCUCCUCGGAAGUCGUUGCUUUCGUCAACUUGAGCGAGUUCACCAUCUUCGGUCCCUUCCCAGUGGAGGGACGGGACUAUUCGGUAUAUGUGGCGGCGUACACCCAUUACCUCCCCGAGCCGUUCCUCGCCGCAGAUGCACUGGCAGCCAGAGGAGGAGCGAUAGCGCGUCUAACAGUGUCCACGCUCGCACGACGUAUAGCUGCAGACGCGCGGCGCAGCAACAACUGCACGCUCUUCCACCUUUGUCCAAUCUGCGAGGAGAUGCUCACGCGGAAGUCAACUCUCAAAGGCCAGUCUCCUCUCGCGCUUAAGCUGUGUGUCUGCUGA